AUGGGACGAACUCUCGCAUACCCCAAGCGCUCAUCAAACACGGUCAACCGAUACAACCAUCGAGCGACAUAUGAUCUGGGCGCAAUCCAUUCUAUCAUUAACGAAUCCCAAGUGCUAAAUGUCUCCUUCAACCCGGGCCCCGAAGAUCCAUUCCCGACGAUCCUGCCCAUGAUCGGACAAAUGGGAUCCUUCGAAUUUCCUUCUGCGGACAUCAACGAGCCUCUGGAAUGCUACCUUCACGGGUAUGUCAGCUCCAGAAUUAUGAACCUUGCACGCAGCAACGAAGUUGGAGGUCUUCCCAUCUGCAUUGCUAGCAGCAAGGUUGAUGGACUGGUCAUGUCCUUGACCCCCAAUUCCCACAGCUACAAUUAUCGCUCGGUGGUCCUUCACGGAUACGCGAAACUUGUCACGGAUGAAGAUGAGAAGCUUUGGGCGAUGAAGCUCAUCACUAAUUCUGUGGUCGCUGAUCGCUGGGACAACACUCGUGUGCCGCCCGACCGAGCGGAAAUGUCAUCAACCGUUAUUCUGAGGGUGAAUAUCGUUGAUGGUAGUGGGAAGACGCGAGAUGGACCCCCAUCUGAUGAGCGCAAGGACACGGAGAGGGAUGAGAUUACGGGACGCGUUUGGACGGGCGUGAUUCCUGUUUAUGAAACCUUUGGAGAGCCUAUUCCUAGUCAAGGAAACACGCUCACUGAAGUGCCUGAGCAUAUCACCAAGUUUAUUAAGGCGAAAAACUCUCAGAAUCAGGCUUUGGCAGAUCGUGCUGCCAGGCCUCCUGUUAGCUAG